AUGGCUUUGCAUUAAACUAUUUGGUGGGAGGCUGCUGGGGUGGGUGCUGCGUUGCGGUUGCUUCUCACCCGAGUCCACUGACAAGCUGAUGCACCGACUGGCCACUAGAUGGCUUUCACUGACAACAAAUGGGUGAGGAUUGAGAGAAGUUCGGUACAAACUAACUAGAUAAAAGUUAGAGACACCUCAAACAACAACAAUCUUAUACCAGGUAUAGGUACGACUAUACUUGUAAGACCAAAAGGUCCAGAGAGCAGGGAACAGCUCCUACGUGUUCGCUUGGAUAGUGUCAGAUGCUGGGCUGAAAUCUGUGUGGACCACAUAGCUAACGCUGCCUACUAAAAGUGACCUGGGAACCUCCUUAUACCGUUUACUUUUCCUGGAAUAGAUGAUAGGGGUAGCUGAGAGUGUGUCACUGCCCAGCACAUUAUGAAUUAAUGUCCUGCAGAUGGAUUUAUUUUCGUCCGAAAAACAAUUCACUAAUGCACAGAUUAUGGGAAAAAGGUUUCAAAUUAUCCAAAAGGAUGAAGCGUCAGGUGUCAAAAUAAUUCAUUCACCUGGAUGUUAACUACGGUAUUAAUUUGUACCUAUUUGGAUCGGGCUAUUUAAAUCAUUCAGUACUUUUGUGACUUGAAGCAUCUCUUCUGAGCUAUAUGGGGUAGGGGUGUGUGUGCACGGAGGAGGAGGGGAGUCGCACUAAAGAAGCACGCAGUCUUAUUGGAUGACAAAGACGUGGGCGGAUGUACGGUGACGUUGCCCAUAGCGGGGAUUAACUUGUUUAUGUCGCCAUCUCUACCGCAAUUAUAACACCGGACAGCUAGAACACACGACAGCACAUAUACUUUAGAAAGAUAAUCAUAUCUUUCUUUAAGUUUAAUUAGACCGUAUACAGCGGUGUACAAGUCUGUGUAGUCGACAUUGCGCAAACAGAAGCGGGGGGCUAUGGUGUACAGUAGUAGCGCACAGGUUGUGAAGGUGCACGAGGAUGAAAACUGGGGAACGCAGGAUGAGGUUACUUGGUUGAUAACUUGUGAAUGAAAUGGGGGCCGAUGCUAGUAAAAGCAACAAGAGGCCUGCCCUGGAGCAGGAGGACGGCCAGUGCUCCUCAGGCUGGCGGGGGUUCCUCUCCAGCGUGGGUCUGUCUCUCCCAGCUGGCCUGUGUCGCCUGGCCCCCUCAGCCCUGCGUCUGGGCCACCGCCGGAUGCUCCAAGACAAGGCCCCCUCCAUACCGGAGCACGUGCUGGGCCUGGGGGCGGUGGGGCCUGACAAGCUGAGGGCCGAGUGGAGCCUGCCCGGCUUCGUCUCCAUGUUUCUGCCUGAGUUCCCCCACAGAACGGUGCCUGGGCACGAACACUUCCAGGUGCUGGGUUAUAUAGCCAAAGGCUCUUUUGGGCCCAUUCUGAAGGUUAAGGACAAAACCAAACAGAAAACCUAUGCCGUCAAAAUGAUUCCCAAGUCAGAGAUUCUAAGACUCGGCGUUCUGGAACAGUCAAAAGAGGAGGUGAUUGUACAGCGUCAGGUGCAUCACCCAUUCGUCCAUGACCUCCAGGACUGCUGGCAGACACAGCGACACCUCUACAUUAUGUGUGACUACUGCAGCACGGGAGACCUGUACACUUACUGGGUGAUGAUUGGCCAGUUUGGAGAAGCCACAGUGAGGGUUUUUGCAGCCGAGUUGGGCUGUGCUCUUGGUUUUCUCCAUGACUUUGGAAUCAUCCACAGAGAUGUAAAGAUGGAGAAUAUCUUGCUGACAGAGAACGGACACCUCCGUCUAGCAGACUUUGGCCUGUCCCGGCGCCUGGAGAGAGGAGGAAGAGCCUUCACCAUCUGUGGAACCAUCCAGUACAUGGCCCCAGAGGUGCUGAGUGGGGGACCCUACAGCCACGCAGCUGAUUGGUGGUCGCUGGGCAUCCUGCUCUUCUCAUUGGCUACUGGGAAGUUCCCGGUGCCUCCGGAGCCAGACCACUGCAGUAUGCUGAGGAGGGUGAGGUGUUUCCCCUACGAGAUGCCCCUCAGCUUCAGCCCCCCGCUGGCUCUGCUCCUAACAGAGCUACUGUGUAAGACGCCAACCCGCCGCCUGAGGACCCUGGAGCGUUUUAAACGCCAGACUUUCUUCUUCGGUUCCACCUUCGACCUUGUCCUGCUUCAACGCCAACCCGUAGAGGUGAUCCUGGAGCUGAGGGAGAGACCAGACAGAGCAGCCAAAGCCCGACGAGGCCUCACUCUGUCCCUGCAGCCCCUCAAGGGCUUCGACUACGACGGCCUUCUCAGCCCCCCCGCCACGCCCGACACGCACCUGGACCCCGACGGGCACGCUCCCACGUGGGACGACACCCCCCUUCCCGGCCCCCACUGGAGCCCGCAGGAGCCAGCGCCCCAGGGGAACCUCCCAAAGAAGGAAGUGUUUGUGUGAGAAGACCGUCCGGAACCCUUUGACGAGUAUCGCCUCACGGUGGUUUACAUGUAUGCAUGGCAUGACUCUCACUCUCGCACACAGACACACACUCACGCCGUGUCCUAUUGAAGACUCUUUCCUACAUGCUGCCUGAGAUGUGUGGCUUCUCCGAUCAUGAGGGAUACGUAGAAUACACUGGAAGCUCUGAGCUCAGAUGUGUCUAAAAUUAGACCGGCAAAUCCUCAUUGACUGAAGAUAUACCAAAAUAAUGUUCUAUAUAUGCAGGCAACUGCAGCAUGACCCACCCAGAACCUCCCCUCCUGACAGGUGACUUCCUGUUUCUUUUCCCCGCCCCUUUGCGUCCAACCUCUUUUGCAAUUGAGAAAGCAUUGGCCAAUGAUUUAAAGGGGUGUGUGUUGCCCACACCUCUGAUAUCUACACACUCAAACACACAUAUUCAGGUUUUAACACGGUAAUAUUGUUUACUUCCAGCGUGAAUUUUUUGGACCUAGGACUAGGGCUUUGGAUGAGCCAUACUGUAGCACCUCUAUGCACUUGCCUGACUGAUUAUUUUCAGAUUUUAUAAAAGACUGCCCUAAUGUGAACCCAGUAUGCCUAUUACACCUGAUCCUGGUCUUACUUAUAUGUCAUUAGAAUGCUUGUUUAUAAGAUUACCUGUGGGAUUUAUUUAGAGUAUUAUGGAUGCAAUUCUGUUUGGAUCAGUGUUUUUAAGUGGUUAUUGCCAGAUGUUUAACUCAGUAUUUUUCUAAUUAUAUACUGGUAACUCAGAUGGAAAUAUUAAACUGUUUA